AUGAGUCGUUUUCUAACAGUUGACAAUUUAUCAUCAUAUAUGUGUCAGUUAAAAUCUAUUAUAUCAUCCUUGUUAUGUAAUCAUACGAGUAUGAAAUGUAUUGAAUCUUCAUCAUCAUCAUCAUUUGAAUUUUUUUCAUGUCCAAUACAAUUAAUUGGAGAACUUCAUAUAAAUCAUCCAUAUCAUUCAUUAAUUAUUGAAACAUUAGAAACAUUUCAUAAUAAAUAUAAUGGAUGUUCAUGUAAAACAUUAUUAUUUUUUCUUAUUACAUUUUAUAAUCAUUUUCAAAUAUUAAUCAAUAAAAAUAAUCAAUUAUUUCAAAUGAAAAUUAUUAAUUAUUUAGAAGAAUUUAUUGAACAAUCAAUAUUAAUAGCUAAAAAUAAUUUUAUUGAAAAUUUAUUUUUAAAUUCAAAUAUAUUUCUUCGUAUAUGUCGUUUUCAAUAUAUUUAUUCUGAUAUUCUCUAUCAAGCUUAUUUAUAUUUUAUUUCAUUAAAACAACAAAAUUCACAUGAAGAAUUAAUUAAACAAUUUAAUAAUCUUAAUCAUAUAACACGUGUUAAAUAUUCUGAAGAAAAAUGUUUAUUUAUUCCAGGUACAAUAAUUUCAAUAGAUAAAUCUAUACAAGGAUAUAAACGUACAAUAUUAAUUGAUGGAUAUAUUUUAGAAGAUUAUAUUCAUAUUGGUUAUAAUAAUAAAUUAAAAUUAAAACAAAUAUCAAAUAAAUCUUCAUGGAUAUAUAUAAUAUUAUCAAUAUUAAAUCAAUAUUCUAUUGAUAUUAUUUUAUGUACAGGUAAAAUUGAUGAAAAAUUAAAAGAAUUAAAUAAUAAUAAUAAUAAAAGAAUUUUUAUUGAAAAUAUUUCAAUAAAAAUUUUUCAAUUAUUUGAACAAAAUUUUAUAAUAAAUUAUAUAACUGAUAUUAAUGAAGAAAAUAUUUUAUUAUUAAAUUAUAUUGAAUAUUAUAAUGAUCCAUCAAUAAUAUAUAUUGAAAAAGGUUCAACAAUAAUUCAAUAUGUACCAUUUGAAAAUUUAAUUAAUAUUAAACAUGAACAAUUUGUUCAUUGUUUAUCAAGAUUUCGUUUAAUACUUAAAAAAAAUUUUUAUUUAAAUGGUUCAGGUGAAUUUGAAAAUAAUUUAUAUAAAUAUUUUUAUAAUAAAAAAGAAAAUUUAUCUAUUGAAUAUAAUCUUGCAUAUGAAUAUUUUCUUGAAUAUUUACAAUUAUUUGUUAAUGAAUUAUUAAAUCAUAAAGAAUCUUUUAUAAAAAAUCUUAUUGAUGAUUUUGAUUCAAAAUUUUAUGCUUGGAAAACAAGUAUUGAAUUAUUAAAAAUAUUAAUGCAGAUAGAUAAUGUUGUACAAAUUAUUGAUAAUGAUAAUUUAAGUGAUAUCUAA